AUGGGUUGCUUCCUCGCCUGCUUCGGCGGCGACGCCGACCGGCGCCGGCGGCGCCGGAAGUCGCGGAGGCAGUCUCCCGCGAGGUCUCCGCCGCGGUCGAUUCAUGUUGCGGUGGCCCGCGAGACGGCGGAUGUGGUGGUGAAGGAGGUGUCGCUGCCGUUGCGCGGGGCGAAGCCCUCGACGCUGGCGGAGGCCGUGGAGGUCCCGGACGAGACAGUCGCCGAGGCUGCCGAUGUGGCGGUGAACGACGCGUCGCUGCUGUCCAAGGAGGUGAAGGCUUCAACGACGCCGUCGGCUGUGGCGGCUGCGGAUGAGGCGGUCACCGACGCGAGUCCUGUCGAGGAGCUCAGGGAUUUGAGUGAGCAAAAGGUGUUGGAGAAGCAAGCCGCACCAUCACUCUCCCCAGUGAAAUGUUCUCCUAUUGUGCCAGCAGUUGUUUCUCCACAGGAUUCAGUGGAGUGUUCUCCUGUUGCGGCAGUAGUAGUUUCAGCUCUGGAUUCAGAUCUCAGGGAGGUGAAUGAGCAUGGCAGUCAGAGCAGUGGCAAGAAGAAAGUAACAUUCGACAUGAAUGUCACAACAUAUGAAAAUGCAGUACCACCUGACCAAGAGGAGGAACCACCAGAAGAAGAUGAAAACUAUGUGCAGAAUAUUGUGGUUCUCCCAGAGAAUCAUCGUUACCAGAAUUGUUUUGACAGUGAUGAUGAUGUUGGAGAUGAGUAUGCUGAGGAUGAUGUCUAUGGUGAUGAUAGUGAUGAAGAUGAGGAGGAUUUUCUGGACUGCAAGAUUGAUUUGGUUGAUGAGGAGGAAAUUAGGACUGAAGAAAACAAGCAGGAGUCUCAUGAAUCCCUAUUCUCACUGUCAAUGUCUAAUGAUCAGCAAAAUGACCAAGAAGUUGUCAGUCCUGCACCCAAGAGCAGUGGUACCUCUGUAGAGGCAGAAAGCCCUCUAAUUACGACAAAGAAACUCCGUGAUAGAUGUCAGUAUGUUCAUCCUGUGCUAAACCCGGUUCAGAAUCUGUCACAGUGGAAGGAAGUUAAGAGUCUCAAGGCCCAACCAGUGCAUGAUAAAAUGUUGGAUAAGGAGAAUGUAAGCUUAGUGCCACAUGUUGGUCCAAGCCAUUACUGUAAUUCUGCAAGCCACACAAGGAUGAACCCUAGCAUGUCAAGCAACAAGGAAAUUUCUCUGGACGCUAGCCUCUCUACCUGGUUGGUUUCUUCUGAGAACUCAACAGUGGACAAGGUGCAAAGCAAAUCAACUUGUUCCAACUCGUCAGUAAACCGAGAGGAAAGGCCUAUCCUGGGUGCUCUGACUGUUGAUGACCUGAAGCAAUCAUCGGCUGCAUCAUCUCCACAAAGAUCUCCAAGAACUAACCGUGAGGGGGCUCCAAUCUUGGGUACAGUCGGAAGUUACUGGCAUUGCACAGAGCAGAACAAUGAGUACUGUUCUUCUAGAUCCAAUUCAGGAACUAAUGGGAUUCCCAAUUCAACAAGCAAGUACAGAGAGGACAAAAGGGUGAACUGGCACUCGACUCCCUUUAAUGUCAUACUGGAUAGACCUCUGAAGAAAACUUCUGCAUGA